AUGCAGAUGUCGCAAUUUCAAGGCAAACAUUCUAAUACACCUACUACUCCGACGCCGAGGAAGAUACCAUUGGCAGAUUUAUUUGGCGGAAACGAGGAAGCUAUAAGAACGCUGCCAUCCUACACCAACCAAGACACAGUCAGGCCAGUACCACACCAGGAUAAGAAGAAUCCUCAGGCAUCAAGACCGACUCUUAAUGACUGU